CGCCAUCGCUGCCCCCAUAAACCCACAAGGAUUUAUGAUAAUGGACAACAGCCGUGCCUCACAACAGAGUAUGUGGAAAAAUAUCCCAAGUAUAGCAACAUCUCUCCUCCCCGGAGCCUUAAGCCGAAACAAGAGUACCAAGUGCAUCGUGGGAAAAUGGAAGGAAUUACAACAUUUAACUGUAACAACAACAGAUCUGAUUAUUUACCAUAUGAUAUUGUGAAGCGACCUUUUCGGGUACAAGAAGAACAUAAACCAAAGACGGGAGAGAUAGAGCUGGGAACCACAUACCAGAAAGAUUAUAAUGCUCAUAAAAUACAACCAGUGACAUUAGUAAGGCCUCUAGAGAGAAAACACACUACAGGAGGAAAAUUGGAUACCAUACCAACCUAUCAAGAUGACUAUAGGUCAUGGGAAGUUCAAAGAAGGGAACCUAGUAAGGUGGAGCAUGUGUACCACCCACCUACAGAGAAGUUUGGCAAUUCUACUACGUUUCAAGAUGACUUUGUUCCUAGGGAACUGAAUCCCAGACAAAGUUUUAAACCUCCUUGUGUAGCCAAGCUUUCAGAUGUGCCGUUCAAUAGCACUACUAGCCAUCGCGCUUGUUACAUUGCUCAUCAACUGGAACCAAAAUUCAUAAGAUCAAAAGAAGAAUACAAGCCAAGCAACCAACCCUUUGAAGAUCUCACAACCCACCGGAAUGAUUUUAAAGGGCUACCUGGGGAAGUCACAAAAAGCUGCAAGCCUGAAAAAGCAAAAGUCAGAGCCAACGCUCACUUUAAUGGAGUCACUGAAUUCCAGGAUCGUUUUCAGCCAUGGUUGGUCUCCUUGCCUGAGGUCCGCAAAACAGAAGAGUAUGUUCCACCCCCAGGCAACAUGGAUUUUAACUCCACGAGCCAUCUUGAUUACGUUAAGCAUGAGAUUUCUCCUGUUGUCCCCAUAAGACCAGUUUCUAAUGGAAGAAGAACCAAUGCCCCUUUUCAAGGGAAUACUACUACAAAGGAAGACUUUAAAGCUUGGGACAGCUGUCGGCAAGAGAUUACUAAGAAACAACAAGAAAUUCCAAAACCCACGGGAAAAUUUUAUGAUUUAACUACAUUCAAAUCUCAUUACAUACCACAUCAGAUCAUUCCAGCUCAAAGUUUCAAACCUGUACCUGCUAUAGUUCCUAAUUCAGCUCCUUUUCAAGAUGAAACUAUGUAUCGCACAGAAUACACUCCAAAGAAACAAGAGACCUGCCCAGCAAAUUAUCCAUCUCCUCCAGGGUAUGUCUAUGUAAACACAGAUUCUCAUGGUCACAAAUUCUUCCGCCAACUUACUCCAGAAUUUUCCGAGUCAAAUAGUAAUCCUAUUCCAAAGGAAGUAGCUGUUCUGUCAUAAUACUUAAAUGCCCUAUUUCAAGCACCCUUGUGAAGUAAUUGGAAUCCUACUUGUUUACUUCUUCUUUAAAUAACACAGAAAUCAAAUUAAAUUAUACAAAUUCUGAUUUUAAAAGCAUUUAAACUGAUCGCUUGAAGAAAAUCAAAGCAAAACCAGAAGUUUAUUACAAGACUUACAAAGAUUUGCCAAUUUUUGUAGGAAUAAUGCGUCUCACAUGGCAUCUAUUCUUUUUUUGACUGUGGUUUCCUUCACUUCCCAGAUUUCAUUAUGCUCCAUCUCAAGUAUAUGUAUUGUACAUUUAAUUCUUUCAUAUUUUCUGCAAAUCAAGUGAUUGUGUUUGCGAAACAGCAAGUAUCUUUUGAUCAUAACUUCUUUUUCUUAGUAAGCAAUUAAUGCUAUAAUAAUCUAAAUAAUUAGCUCAUCAGUCCCAUUUUUUUCUCUCAGCAAUGCUUUGAGUAAUCUGAUAAGAUUUUUUUCUUUACAUUUUGCUGCCCAAAUCAUAAGAUAGCUUCCCACGACACCUAGGCAUUUCUAAAAACCUUGCUUUAGCUUUAUCAUUACUUUUCCCUCAUUCAGUUCUGAGAAGAGUAUUAAGGUCACACUGUAAUCUCAGAUAGCAAUUAACAAGUAGUAAACUUGCUUUUUUUUUCUGUACAAAUACGUGAACUCACCCAGGCAUAAAAAGUAGGUCAUUAGACUCUGUUUCCUAAUUUCUGUGAUAGUACUUUUUGAGCCUUCCAAAGGAAACAAAGAUGAUGGAAAGCUUUGGACACACUAAGUGGGUGUCGUCCCUACCCAGUGUGCAAAUUCAAUCAAAUUUCACAAAGAGAUUUCACAGAUGAUUGUUUUUCAAGUUUCUAAGGUAGAUGGUAAGGAAGCAGAGAGAAUCAGGUUAAAAAAGUUAACAUCCAUCCACCACAGUUUUUGAUCCUGCUAUCUGAUUUUUAAAGCUAAACAGCCUGUUGUCACUGCCGAAGUUCACUGCAGAGACAGUCUGAAGAGG